CAGUGGUUUUAAAUAAUUUUUGCUUUCUGUUCUGCUUGUUUGGGUGCGGCACCAUAAAAAGCUGUAUUGUUCAACUCUUGGACUGCUGUAAAUAUUUUCAUACUAUUCAUGGGUUGAAACUGAGCAGUCUGUCUUCUCUAACAAAUUAGAAACUCUUAACAUGGUACUCACUGACACGUUGGUCCAAUGACAAAGCAAUAAGCUUGUUUUCCGUCCGAAGUCUGACAGCAGAGUGAGCGCUGACUGAACCCUGGAUGAGGUUUCCUCAGACUUCUCUGUUAUCACAUUGAAGGUUACCAAAGGAACAUGGGCUUGUUGAACGUCUUCACUUCAAUCAAGGAUCGAGCUGAAAAGUUUCUUAACGAGAAGAACGUGGUCACUGAUUUUCUUGGAAAGAUAGAGGAGAAGACAGGAAUUAAGAAGAAGGUCAUCGCCAUAGGUGCUGUCUCACUGACCGGACUUUAUCUGGUAUAUGGAUAUGGUGCUGCUCUCCUCUGCAACCUGAUUGGAUUUGUCUAUCCAGCAUAUUACUCAGUUAAAGCCAUUGAAAGUCCCUGCAAAGAAGAUGACACUAAGUGGUUGACUUACUGGGUGGUGUACGGUGUCUUCAGCCUUGGAGAGUUCUUCUCUGAUAUUUUCCUCUACUGGUUUCCAUUUUACUACUUCUUUAAGUGUCUGUUCCUGCUGUGGUGCAUGGCUCCCAUGUCAUGGAAUGGCUCCCAGAUUAUUUACAACAAAGUGGUUCGGCCCAUCUUCCUCCGCCAUGAGGCCACGGUGGACAACAUGGUCAGUGACCUCAGUGGGAAGGCCAUGAGUGCCGCUGAGAACCUCACUAGAGAAGUACUAUGCACUCUGAUGAAGAAUAAAACUCUAGUGACACCCAUGCAGCAGGUUGCCCAGGCUGAACCUAAGAGUUUACCAAGCUCAACUGGACAAACAUCAAAUGCUAAAGUUGCUCCUUCUGAACCGAGUGAAGAGGAGCGUAGAUCAGAUAGCAGCAGAAGAAGAGGAGGCUCUGUGAGGAAGAGGAUGAGAGAGUGACGUUUUUACCCUUCGUCCUGAAUGAUCCAAUCAAAAAGUGCUCCUUAUGUCACAAAGACUCUGUUAAAGGGUCAUAUUUCUGUAGAAAAGGGGAAUCUCUUUUAACUUUCUUGGAUUUGAGAUUUGGAGCCGAUUUGUUGUCUUAAGAUGUUCAACUCCUGAAACACUUGAUCCAUGUAACCUGCGCUGACAGAUGUUGACAGCUGCUGUCUAAUCCAGGAGCUGUAUGCCAGAACAACUUCAAGACAUGGGAAGAUAAAUCUAAUUCUGACCUUCAGUUCCACUUCACCCACAUAAAAACAAACA